AUGUCAGCUGAUUUGACAUUAGCUAUCAAUGUCACUGUCAUAGUGUCAUGUUUACCUUUGUGGUGUGAUGUUAUAAUUGUACACAUAAUUCUUGCAAAAUUAACUAACAAAAGUAACAAAGACAUUGUUCUUGCUCAUGUUUACUUGUCUGGAGAAAUUAAAACUACUAAAUCGUACAUUUUUUCAUGUUACAAAUUAAAUUUCCUGCUACUGAAUGUUGGAACCAGCUACACGAUGCAGCCUUUAAUCUCACCCAUCAACCACGAGUCGCGGCAUAGUUCGUACCAUCUGAAUGAAGAAGCAGAAGAGCCCAGUGCAGCCGAGGACACACCGUUGUUGCAAAGGUUUCCUCCCUUGCUGAGGACGCCAAGCAGUCCCCUAACUACGUUCAUCGUGACAUUCCUGUUAAUUAUAUUAGUCUCAGGAGUUGUGAUCGGCAUAUAUCUACUCAUAUUACAAAAUAAAGCAGAAAAUGUGUUACCACCCGUGGAAAUGCCACUCCAGUACGUCAGCCGGCUGCAAUGGGAUGGGGGGGCUUCCCCUGUCCUGUCAAUGUCUCCCCAUAAGGCCAGCAAGGUGAUAGUGGUACACACUGACAGUGACACCUGCGACACUGUUGACACUUGCUCGCAGCUGCUGCGUAGCAUGGAGAACCAGACGGAUGGCAGUCAAAUUCCGCUGCCCUACAAUUUCCUGAUAUCGUCAAACGGUCAGAUGUACGAGGCGCUUGGUUGGCGUCGUGUAUCUCCCCUAUUUCCUCAGCAUUCGUCAUCAGCCCUCAUCCUAGCAUUUAUUGGUGACUUUUCGAAAUCUCCGCCGGCGCCCGCUCAGCUCGCUGAAGCGAAUAACUUCUUUGCUGAAUCUAUAAGCCGACAGCACCUAUCGCCAUCUUACAUAAUAUUUGGUAGGAAGACUAAACAAUUGCCCAAAUAUUUGUAUUCAAGUAUGCAAACUCUGCCGCAGUGGAGAAACGAUUUAACCGACUGAUGUGAUAUUUAGAUGUAAGCUAGUUGAUAAGCAGACCGUGCAAUAAAUAGAUAUGUAGAAAAAUAGUGAUUCAAUAACAGCAGGACAACAUUUUGUAAAAAAUACUCACUAUUUCUCUGUUAUUUGGUAUAAUACAAAACCUCAUAGAAAUUUAUUUCCAGUUAACUACUAUUGUACUUACUGUACUAUUGUUUUACUAAUUAUUAUCAGAUCAGUUUGUGUUAUUACGUACAAACCAGUCACGGGUCAAGUUACCCAAAAAACUAUAAGUUUCUUCAACUGAAUUUGAGCUUUAUUUUGCUCGCUAUAAGAUUCAUGCUUUAAUGACAAUGACGAUAGUUUGUGGUAACUUGAGGUGGCUGUCUGUAUAUAGCCAGAUAUUUUUUAAGUGCAAUAAUAUUAAAUAAAUAAAAAUCAAAUACUUUAUUCAUAAAAAAGUUUAACACUCCAUAAAAUAAUCUCAACAUUUAGCAAUUUAAUGGUUAUCAAUGGUUAAGUGUUCAUUAGUGAUUAAAAGUCUGAGAUGCUGCAUAAUAAACUUAGUGUAAGAAAAAAACAAGUAAUUUAAUAUUUAACUUACUUACGGAUACUAUAAGGAUGACAGAAACAAAAAAAUAAACAAUAUAUGGUUAUAAUAUUUAGUUUUUAAACAUGUAACUGCUUGAUGUUUAAAUCUAAAGAAAAUAUUACUAGAAAAAAAUCCACGCGGACCAGGCAGCAAACGGGUCUCGAAUCUGCACACUUCGCUAUCCGGGCGAAUGCACUGACCGCUGCCCUGAUGGCCGUGUCGCAUUCUUUAUAGCCCUUCUUAAGCUGCAAAGCAGCGCCAUCUCUUUGCAUUGUAUAUAUGGUAUUUCCUGUUCAUUACAUUUAAAACAGAAGUGUUUAAGUGUUAAUAUUUUAAACAGAAUAAUGGAUUAAAGAAAGAGAGCUGAGAUAGCAACAAAAUCCAUAUCGAUCCUUUCUACUAUUACCAAUAAAGUCGGAUAAUGAUACUGCAUUUCUAAACAUUCCAAAAUAUGUUAAAUCCGUUUUUUAUAUUUUUUAGACAUAUUUUUAUACCAUUUACGUUCGUAAUGGAAAGUGACUUGAAGUAAUUAUUAAAUUUUUGAAGUGAAAGCUUCUUUAGCGGCGUUGUACACUUUUUUUGUAAUGGGUAAAAAUUGUUUAACUCUCGUCCUACUCCGACCUAAUCGAAAAUUCGUAAGAUGAAAACAAUAAAAUGAGGGCUACCGUUUUCUGCCUCACCAGAUGGCGCCACUGUUGAGUGAGGUCCUAAAUUGUAACUUUUAAAGUUUGUUAAUACGCACAUGAAAUCAAAAGUUACAUUUAGAUCGUAUUUUAACACAAAAGAACCAUAUCCUAAACAUAAUAGGCCAUGCCACAGUGACGCCCAGUUCCGUUUUAUUCGGAAAAAAUGGGAACAUAAUCAUUUUUCUAAGCUCAAAUUUUUAAUAACUGACAUUCAUUGCCACAUAACUCAUAUUUGCCAUAAUUAAGCCGAAUUGUUACCAAUUAUUCACAACAUUAUUUUAAUAAGAAAUAAACCCGCGUAGUCAACCAACAAGCAAUAACAUUUGACAUUUCGGAGACCUCACGCUACACUAGCGCCUCUAGCGGCGGAUUCAUACGCGAUAGUCCUCAUUGGAAUGGUUGCUGACUUUCAAUAUAUUGGAUGAAACAUAGUAAUAUUUUAUCCUAUUAUAGUAAUAAGGUUCUAUCUAGGACGUCCAGGUGGCAGCUUUAUUGCGAAGAAAAUGUGUUUUUUUUUUUACAAUAGAUGUCGCUAGGUGCGCUGAAAUGUGAUUCUUGUAAGUUGAUUUUUCUGAGAGAUAAACUUUUUAAUGUAAUAUAAAUUGUCAUGUUUGUGUACGAUGGCGCAGUAAGCGUAUUCUACCACAUAAAUUAUAGUACUUUUAUACUGAUAAUUAAAGCAAUUGUUCAAAAUUAUUCCCUUAUCAUUCCAAAGUAUCAAAAAUGCACAACGUUAAUAUUCAAGUUUUCACUUCUGCCUUCACUCCCGGAGUGCAACCCGUCGUUUUUUUUUUCAAUUUAUCGGCUGUAUAUAAUGCAGGAAGAAAAAAACAGCCCUUGUUGAGAUUCUUGCCGGUUCUUCUCAGUACAAGGGCACCCGCCGUAGAUUUGCGAACCCAUGGCGUAGCUUUUCGACAUUCACAAGUCCUUGUAACAGCCUAGACUAUAAACAAUAUUGAAUUUUGCAUUAUUACUUUUUAAUGUAAUUGAAAGAGAUAGACAAUACAUGCUCAUGUCAAAGUGAUAACCUCGUAUUAAGAUUUUUGAAAAAAUUAUAAGGCUCUAUCUUGCUUUUAUAUCACUUGCAAAUUAUAUAUACGUUACAUACAUACCUUUGUUUUCUUUUUUAAUCUGAUACCGAUAGUUUUGAUCUACUUGUCUAACCAGCUUUUAUUUUAGCACUCUUUCUUCGUUUUCUAAUCAUUUAAUGAUGACAAAUAAUGAUGAAUGAUGUUAAACUGUAAUUAGAAAUACGCGUAUUCUUGUUUUUUACACACAGUUUUUUACAAAUUAUACUAUAUAAAUCUUUUAAGUUAAGUUUUCUAUAGUGCCGUAUUUAAUUGUUCUCUAUUAUGUAUACAGUGGUGGUCACAUAAUUAAAGACACCCCCUAAUUAACCACAAAAAACAUACUUAUGGUACUAACAUUAGCUAAAAUUGUUAUUAAACCAUACACGACGUUGUAUUCUUACAAUGUGGGACAAAAAAUACACACUGCUCAGUAUGGGAACGUAACACAAACUUUUUUAACGUACUUGUAGCUGGCCAGGUAAUUAAAGACAGUAAAAGCUGUGUUCGGAAUUUAAAAAAAAAAAGAAAAAACUGCAUUCUGUUUUUCUUUGUUUUGCCGCGUAUUUUCAUGAAACGUCGAUAUUAAAUAUAAAACCUAAUUUUUUAAUUAAAAUUAAUACGUUUUAAACCCAGCAAUAUGAGAAAAUACAAGAGUUGCGAUUCGUCCACAAGGAAGAUUAUUUUCAACUUUCAUAAUAAAGAUUGAUGACACAGAAAAAUAGCAAACAACUUGAACUGUUCUAAGGACAUGGUUAUGAAUGCCAUUUAAAACAUUUCAAGAAGUUCAACACGACCGAAAACGUGCCAAGAGAAACUAUUCUGCGGGAAUACUCUAAGAUGGUGUUGUUGACAAAAAAAGAUCCGUUCAAGGGAUCAGCAGGUCAAUUAUGCUUUAGUGAUUGAUAUAAUCCUUAUUAGGAUUAUCAUAUUUGAUGUCAAUGUGAUGUUGAUGCCAAGUUGACAUUGUUUUUAAAUGGUAUUAUGAAAAAUUCCUAUGUCACAUCAAGAUCAUAUCAAUAUCAUAUCCUGUAUCACUUUUUUGACGUUUAUGCGAUACUGUUUUAAGUCAAAAAGUUGAACGUAAUACGCAUUUAAGUUGAUAUCAUUUUAAAGAGUUGAUCAUAAUACGCAUAAGUUGAUGUCUAGUUGAUGUCAUUUUGAUAUCGCAUUUUUCGGGGAGCAUAAUACGUUAUUGUGAAAUUGACAUCAAAACAAUAUCACAAUUGGCGAGCAUAAUUGGCCUGCAGAACUGAUACGUUCGAACUGAUACAGAACACAGCUUUUACUGUCUUUAAUUAGCUGGCCGGCUACAAGUGCGUUAAAAAAGUUUGUGUUAUGUUCCCAUACACUACUAACGAACACAUCUAUAUUUUGUCCCACAUUGUAAAAAUACAACGUCAUGUAUAGUUUAAUAACAAUUACACUAGAUUAAAUACCAAUUUUAGUACUGAAGAGUGUCUUGGUAGAUUUUCGUUGAAUGAAAAGAGCUUUACUUACAGUCUUACGUUUAUUUCUUUUCCCAUCCCUCACAAUUAUAACACAUAUUUGUAAUCUUAAGUAUAGUUUUCUUGCAAAUGUUCUUCUACUAUAUUUGAUAGCUGCCAACAAAGUGUAGCCCAAAGCCAAUACCAAAGAGCCAAGCAAAGAGUAACAUGACAUCUCGUGUCUAUCUGCCACAAGUACCUUAUGUAAGUUUUUUAUGGUCGAUUACCGAGUGUCUUUAAUUAUGUGACCACCACUGUAUAUAUAUAUAUAUAUUAUAUUGUACCAAUUUAAAAAUAUAUUGCAUUAUUUUAUUUAUUAGUUUGUACACAUAAAAUAGGUAGUAAACAGAGGGCCGGAUUCAAGGUAAGGCAAUUAAUUAAUUAAAGUAAUUCAAUAGAGAUAGAAGGGAAAAGGGAUUUAAUCACCGUAAUUGGUCCGUCCCAGAUUUGGGGUCCAGGGCCACACCUCUAAAUCGGCCCUAUGUUUAGUAAACAUAUAAGCUUUUAAGCUGGAUCAGCGCUUGUCAAUAUAGUAUACCCUUAGAUUAAAACAAAAAGAGAAGAUACGGCACUCGCGGCUCAAAAGUGAUCCGCUUAAAUUGUGCUGUAUGACCACAAUUCGCUUUAGUCACAAUUGGACAUUCAAAUACGCUGCAUGAGCACUCAAUAUAACAAUAUUGCGUAUAUUCUAUGUUAUAAAGAUAAAACAAAGCCUUCACAGCUUUUAUAAAGAUCACAAAUAGUUCAAAAUCAAAUAACAAGUGCUUCGGCAACAUUUUUUCUAAAAAUCGCGGUUUGUCGUGUAUUUUAUUUUCGUAAUCACCAUAUUGUUAUCAAGAAAAGGAAAAAAUACAGCUCAGCCUAGGGACUCGGAAGCAGACUCGCCGUUCGCUCGCGCUGCGUUGAAGCGUACAGUUCUGUCUCGCUCGAUUGAAUGUUUAUAUACAGACGUGUGCGUGUGUGGGAGUUACUUUUGUACUUGAGUCGGAACAUAUUUUAUUUGAUGCUAGUAUGAGCGUACCGUAUCUUCCCUUUUUGUUUUAAUCUAAGAGUAUACCUACCUCAGAGAGCACCUCCACUAGUGACUGGUAUGUAGGGGUGGGCGUUUUUAGAAUAGCGAUGCGCGAUAACGAUGCCAGGUUUGGAUGCGUGCAUCCGAUGCGACUGGAUGCCGUUAUUUAAUGCCGAUGCCAUCUAGUUUUUGUCAACGUUACUAUAGCAACAGUGCCACAAACUCAUGUGCCGGUGAAGAUGUCGCUAGCGGUGAACAAAUAUGUCAUAAAAAUGUCACAAUGCUAUGGAUAAAUUGUAGUUCCAAUUCUUGCCACCGGCACUGAAAAGUUUGUGAUACUACCUACGAUACUGACAUUCACUGGCAUCGAUGCGAUGUGAUCGGUGCGCGGAUCCAAUGCCAUUUAUCUGAUACCGAUGCGCAUCGAUUUCACAAAUAUCUAAAAACGCACAUCUCUACUAGUAUAGUAGUAUGUAGAAAACUGCAUAAGCGUAUAAAAAGACCUUAAACGUCGCCAUACAUCGUUUCACCGAAUCUGUCAUCCGCAGGUGACGACACACUGACGUGUCCAAUCAAAACGCGGCUUACCCUACCCGUACGCCGCCAACUUUGACUAUUUCGAUUUGAAACCAAGAUUGAGUACCGCCUGCUCUAGUGGGAAUGCCCUAUGCUCUAACAUCAUAGUAAAACCAAAUGCAUACGUGUUUAUUAAUUUUCAUUUGCUUCUUAUACAUCCCGGCAAACUUUUUGAGCAACCACCAUAGACUAAGAAGCCUGCGCAGUAUCAAUUUUACAUACUAAAGCGUCUACUGCACAAGUUUAUUUGCCUGUUUUGCUCAAGACGUUUGCCGCUACAUAUACUUGCUUACUUUAAUUUUGGUUUGAAACAACAAUUUGGAUCAUGGUUGGUGUCGCGGGUAGUGAAGCCCGCUUAACAUAUAUGCCAUUGUGCUACAUUUAAAACCAAUCAAUCGUUUGAAGUGUACCUAAUAACAGCGUAACUUGCAUAAUACUAAUUAUUCUAUACAGAUCUAGGUAUAUAGAUUUAAGUGUCACUUUCUUAAAUUAUACCAAAAAUACCUUUUACCAUACCUUUUUUACGUGUAUUCAUUCUCAUUCGUUACAUUAAAUGUUCGAUUGCCUUAAUUUGUUAGGAUCAGUUACAUACUAUUAAUAAUAUAUCAUUAAUUAAUUACUCAAUAUAAGUAGGGACCUCGGUUUAUAUAUUCAUUAUCUAUCAUUACGAAAAGUUUUAAUAAAGGACGAGAAUAUAAUACGUAGUAUACACCCUGGCAAACUUCUUGAGCAUCGACCAUAGAGAAGGAAACCUGCGCAGUAACAAUUUUACAUACGAGAACGUCUGCUGCGCAGGUUAAUUUAUCUGUGGAUUUGCUCAAGAAGUUUGCCGCUUCCUAUGCCUAGUCAAAUUGUUCGCUUUUAUUAUUAUUGUAUUCAUAUUUCAAAAUCGUGUACAAUUAUCUGACAAAUAAAACAUAUAAAAGAUUAAUUUGAUUGUUUUUUUUUCUUUAAACUCGGUUAAUAUCGGCGUGACGACCUCCGUGGUCGAGUGGUUUGU